GUAACUUCCAACCUGAUAUUCUCAGAUUCUAAUGGGACUUGUGCUUCCAAGUGAUGUGGAUUUUUUAUAUACAUCAUUUGUGCUCUGGAUGGCUAAAUUUUUUUCUAAAUCAUUGCAGUACACCUCUGUGCCAUUGAAAUGCAGAGAAAUUCUACAAGAAAUGCUGCAACCCCUGUAGAUUCUUUACCACGCCCCUCUAGUAUCUAUCACCACAGCACAUGCUCCUGGGAGGCGUUCCUCACUGGAAGUGACUGAGACACUGAAUCCAGUCACUGCAGCAGUGCACUAGGCAUCAGUCCUUGGUCUACUGAGUCAGGAUUUUGUCCUAAUCUUUUUAAGAAAAUGAUCUUUGCUGAGUAUCUGGUUUUAUCUUCUUUAGUGCUAGGAGUGCAGUUAUUUCUGCACCAGACUCAGCAGAUCCAGUUUGUUGAAGUUAAUGACACCGCAAAGAUCCACUGUUCUUCCAAAGAAAACCUGGAAGGAAGAAGUAGCAUGUUUUGGUAUUUGAGAAGAGAAGGUGAGAAACCCACCUGCAUUAAGCGCUGUUUGGAUGAUCAAAAUGUAAGUAAAUUUACUUGCAAACACAAGACACACAGCUCGACGCUGGAAAUUAGCAAUGUCCAAAAGACUGAGUCUGGCGUUUACUAUUGUGCAUAUAUAGACAGCAGCUACCUGAUCUUCGGGAAUGGAUCUGCGCUGAUUGUUGGAGACAGUUAUACCAACAGCAGCUGGGUGAUGCUUUUGGUCCCAUUUCCACAUGACAGUCAAGUCACUGAGACAGCAAAUCUGGCUUGUGUGAUCCAUGGAGUGUCCAGCCCAGUCCACAUUUCCUGGAGUGUUUCUGGGGAGCUGCAGGAACAGGGGCUGACGCGCUCACUGAAAGCAAAGGAUGGAUCUUUAAUGCUCAUAAAUCACAUCAGCGUCCCCAUGGACACCUGGACCAGUGGGAAGAAUUUCACCUGUGAAGUCAAAUUCAACUCUUCUGGCACCAGUGUGAAGAAAAGUACCAGGUAUCCUGCAGCCCCUGCUAGCGAUUGCUCACAUUACAUUGUGCCCCUUGCAGCUGUAGCUGGUCUGCUGUUGCUGGUGGUGUCUCUGAGUCUCAUCUGGACCCUCUGCCCUUCCACACUAGGACUUAAGCCCAGGAUCUCAGCACCCCCAGUUUCAGAGGAGAACCAGGGUGGAAUCUUAUACGCUCAUCUGGAUUUUGAUUCGCGGAAUCACAACAAGAGCACAAUGCAGCGACCGGCCAGAGGGAAACAUCUAAAACCCUGACCUAUCUAGUGCAGGGGAAUCCACAUGUGGGAACUGAUGGCUGGUUCUCUGCUGAUCGGACAUAGCAGCUGGAAGAAGGCUCUCUCUGUCUCCGUCUCCUUUCUUUUUUAUUUUCUCCCCUUGUCUGUUUAGAAUAAAAAGCUCAGAAGAUCCCCAAAAGGCCCAGCCUCAUCACAUUGGGAAAUCUCCUUUUGGGAUAUAAAGGCAUCAGGGUGUAGGUGACUUUACGCAUCACGUGUGUACUAGAUUGGAAGCUCUUUGGUGCAGAGACUGUCUUUGUUCUGUGUUUGUGCAGUGCCUAGCACAAUGGGUGCUACAGUAACACAAUAAUUGUCGUCAUCAUCCACCCAUCUGCAGAGGGACCCGGACACAGCUGAACGGCUGCAGCUUCCCUGCACAGAGUGAGGCCGGAUGGCAGGAGUCUGCAGAGGGGACGUGCAGCCCCUGUAGAUGCCACAGCUCCCAACUCCCCUGAUCCUCAGCAGGCUCAUGCUCCCUUUGCAGUAAGGUAAUACGGAUGUGUGAUGGGCUUGUGAAGGGGAAGGAUGGAUGCAGGAGGAGCUGAGAGGGAAGAGAUCCAUUGAGCCCCAUGUUCCAGCCCUUCUGCACCAUCUAAUGAUAAUAACACGUUACCAAUGGCUGGAGCUCUCCUGGUGCCUGAGCCUGCACACGCUGCCUGUUUGCAUCACAACUUCUUGUUGGCUGAGGUGUCAUUUGAACUGUCACUCAUUAAAAAGACCCAGUAUUGA